AUGGACUUCUGGCAGGCACGGCACGAGGUGUUGGGAGGGUUGUAUGAACCCCUGGACAUGCCGCAUGCCAGGAAGAUUGUGCUGAUGCUGAAAUCAAAGUCCACCGAUAGAAACCUGCUGGGAUUAUUUCAGACUCAGUACACUGAACUCAUCAAGGUGACGGAGGAAGCACGCGACAACUACAAGUUUAUGAGAACAGUGGAGCGUCAUUUUCGGGCGAUUGCAACUGGGGCAAUCCAUGAGAUAGCUGGCGUAUUGACACCCAUGUUCAACGCGCUGCGCCUUGUGUGGGCUAUCUCCACCUACUACUCUGAUGAUACCCACAUGGGCAGCCUCAUGCAGCGCAUUGCCCAUGACAUUGCUGAAAGGGUGGAAAGCAGCAUAAGCAUGCAGACUAGGGAGAAGAUUGAGGGGUCGGGAAGGGAGUCAAGAUGGGAGUUCAGCAAGACAGCCCUGUUUGAGCACACCUCUCACAUGGCGCAGAUGUGCUCCGCGCUGCUGAGCAUGCUGACAACUGCACACGCCCUGAAUGAAUUUCUGGGGCCACAGCUUGAAGCAGUCACGGGAGGCUCUCAGGGCAUCAAGCAGCUGCGAUCUGGAGUGGAAAGCAUGGUGAGGCUGGUGGAGUCAGCUGGCUCAAACAUCUUCCACAAGGCCAACCAGGAGCGCUGGAAAGAUGUCUGCGAGGAGUUUGCCGCCACAAAUGCAGCAAUUGUGUCUGCAGCAGAAGAUCUGAUUGAUGCCAGCUUCAGGUUGAAGCAGCUGGGAUCUGGCGGGGCUCUGCAGCAGAAGAUGCUGUCCAAAUCGACUGACAUAGUCCUGCAAGUAGGCAAGGAGAUUGACAACAUGGCAACAACCUUCCACGAGAACAAGGUUGAGGCAAAAUAUCUAGCGCUGGCAAGGGUUAUGAUGGAGUUUGAGAAGCAUGCAUCACAAGGGUGGCUCGAGAGCGCAGAUGAAGCAUCCAGGGCGCACAUGAAGAUGCCUGUGCUCAGAGAAGACACCACCAGGAACAAGAUUGAGGUGGUGGACGAUAUGACUGAGAUUGAGAAGGUGCUCUUGGUCUCUCAGCUUGAGAGCCUUCACAAGGUCAUAGAGCCAGGCAUCCUCGUCCUGAACUGGCACUCCCUCAGCAUCCCAGCAUUUGUGGUCUCCGUCAGAAAGGCAUUGGCAGACUUCAAAGCAACAUGGAGCACUGUGAGGAAGAAUGGUGUGGCGCUUGAGCGGGAAGUGGCAGCCAUCGCCCACACUAUUGUCUUCAAGGAGCCAGGUUUGAGCGUUGAUGCUGAAGUCCCAGAUCUACAGGACUUUGUGGAGAGCAUGGAAGCACGCCAUGACCAGGUGAUUGGGAAGCUUGUGGAGGGUUAUCAGAGCAUGACACCCAUGCUGAGGAAGGUGGAGGAGGCGAUCUGUGGCACAAAUGGAGGCCGAUGCCCCAAAUUGGCAGCCUACUAUGCUCAUUGGGAGCGCGCCAUUUUCCAUGCACUCAAUGCUCUGGUCCUUCGGGGCAUGAGAAGCAUGACUGCAAUGCUGUCAGAUUCUACUGAUGAGCUGCAACGCGGGUCUCCACUGUUCAAGGUGGUGCUGCGUUUGAGCUACCCGGACAUCAUCAUGCAGCCCACGCCAGCAGACAUAAAGAAAGCCCUGGCCCGGCUUGCGCUGCGUGUCAUGGAGAGCACCAAGCCUUUUGUGCGUUGGAUGGAUGGCACCUGCCUGGAAGCCCAACCCAUUCAAGGUGGUGUCGAGGACGAGGAGCCCUUUGUGCACAGCUUUCACAUAGUCGUUUGCCAGAACCCAGAGCUUCGCAAGAGCCUGGCGGGUUUGACACAGGCAGCUCGGGGUGUGCUGGUGAGCCUGCACCAGUACUGCGAGGGCUGGAAGCGCCACCAGAGCCUCUGGAAGAGCGACAAGGCUGCUGCCUUGGACAAAUUCCAGGCGAAGCUGCCAGGGUGUGAGGUGUGGGAGCAGCGCAUGGCGCACUAUGCCAAGAUUGCUGAGGAGCUGGGCACGCUUCAGCCCAGUGUGGCUCUGGGCUAUGUGCGUGUCAGUGUCGGCACGCUCGCAUCUGCCAUAAGGGAGGAGGCGCUGGGAUGGCUGAGAGCGCUCUGUGAGCGCAUGCGCGCCACAGACAUGGCUAACUUGGAGGGCAUGUUGUCCAAGGUUGCUUCGUUAAGACAGGGCCUACAGACAGGGGCAGAGGCCUCUGACAAUAAUGACAGCAUUGAUGGUGGAGCUGCAAGCCAUGACACAUUGAGUACCAUUCUGUCCAGUGGGAUGGACUGGGAUUUGAAGUGCUACAACAUUGAAGAGCGUUCCAGAAGGAUUCCCGGCAUUGAGGACUAG